AUGGGGGACGGUCACCGGAGGAGCCGGGGACUCGGGAGUCUCUCCACCGCGACCCGGGUCUCCAAGCAGACCAAGCUCCGGCUGCGCGUGAUCUUCCUGGAUGAGAGCGAGCGCACGUUCGAGGUGGAGCAAAAGGUUUUAGGAGGCGACUUCUUCAACAAAGUGUGCGGUCACCUCAAGCUGCUGGAGAAGGAGUACUUUGGACUGGAGUUCAGACACCACAGUGGAAACUACGUUUGGUUGGAGCUGCUGAAGCCGCUGACCAAACAGAUUAAAUACACCAGCGAUCUUUUCUUCAGGUUUAUAGUUAAGUUCUUCCCUCCGGACCCGGGGCAGCUCAAGAGAGGCCUCACCAGGUAUCUUUUUGCAUUACAGAUGAAACAGGAUUUGUCUAACAGCAGUCUGACCUGUAACGACAACAGCGCCGCCCUGCUGGUCUCUCACAUAUUGCAGUCAGAGCUCGGGGACUUCGAUGAGGAUCUGGAUUGUCAACAUCUAGAGAUGAAGCAGUACGUCCCCAACCAGGAAUAUCUGGACAACAAGAUCAUCAAGUUCCACAAGAGACACAGAGGUGCGUCUCCAGCAGACUCGGACAUCCACCUGCUGGAGGUGGCGAGGAAGUUGGACAUGUACGGCAUCCGGCCGCACCCGGCCCACGACGGGGAGGGGAUGAGGAUCAACCUGUCAGUCACCCACUCCGGAGUGCUGGUGUUUCAGGGAAACACCAAAAUAAACACUUUCAAUUGGGCGAAGAUCCGGAAGCUGAGCUUCAAGAGGAAACAUUUUCUCAUCAAACUGUACGACAAAGUGGGGCCGUCCUGUAAAGACAUUCUGGAGUUUGCCAUGGCGAGUCGGGACGUGUGUAAAUCCUUCUGGAAGACGUGUGUCGAGUAUCACGCCUUCUUCAGACUCGCAGAGGAACCGACGGCGAUUCACAAAACAGUGUUGUCCUGUAAGGGCUCCAGCUUCAGAUACAGUGGGCGGACACAGAAACAGCUGCUGGAGUGUUUGGGAUCAGGGGAGAAGAAGAGACAAACCCUUAAUGCUGAGUCAUCUUUUCCUUUCUCCAGAACUUACUGUCAGUCGGACUACGAUCCCAGACAGUGUCGUUCUUCUCCUGAUCUCCUCACCGACGUCUCCAAACAAAUGUAUCAGGACUCACAUCCCUUCCCCCGGGCGACCCGUGCCUUGGCGCUCCAGUGUCAGAAGGAGUUGGACCCACAUCAUCGAGGCGUAGACGACCUCAGGCGGGGGAGGGCCAAACGCAGCCAAUCAUCUGUGGAGGUCGCCCGGAAGCCGUGGCCUCUGUCCCAGGUCUCGCCCCUCUCCCCUCUGCACCAGUCAAGCCCCUCACCGAAGACGAGAUCGGCCUCUACGUCCCUGAUGGAGGACGUGAGGGCCGGACGCAUCGAGACGCAGCGCCAGGCCCAGCGGCUGGCCGGGGUCUACGGCAACCGAUCGAGACGUCGGCCCAACCCCCAGCCACACCCGGACGCCGCACAGCAACUGGUUCUUCUCUACCCAAACAGUCCUGCCUACCAGUAUCGCCCCAUCCUCCCAUCAUUCCCAUCAGCUGGGUCCUCGCCGCUCAACCGUUACCCCUACCUGACGGACUAUGUUGCCGUUUCUUCACUGGAGCGUUUCCCGCAGCCAAGGAGGCGGGACUAUCUGACCACGGAAGGCCUAUCGCGGCCGUCCUACUACCCACUAGGCCACGAUUCGCCGUCUGCUUCACCAAUCAGGAGGAGCCUCCGCCCCGGUGGCUCAGGCGGGUUGGCCAGAGUUUACCAGCAGGGAAGCAAUGGGGGAAGGUUCUUGGGCAUUGAGGCCGGCCAUUACAGUGACGACUGCAGUUUCCUCCCAGGGCUACCGCGCCGCGUGGCGAGCCAACCAGAUGUCAAGUUCGGUCUCUCAAGGAGUUCGAACCCCGCCUUUAACCCCGCCUCUGAGUUCCGGCCACUUGGUUACUACCCUCACCUGAACCGGCCAACCAGACCCACCUACCUCCCACUAAACUCCUCCCCUCUGCCACAACGCCCCACGUCGCUUUGCAUGAUCGGAGGCACGACAGGAAGCUACAGCGACUCGGACCCAGAGGUUUUCUACCCAUAUUACUGCCAACCACCCCCGCUGGGGAAGAUGGCUCGGUCCGCUGGUCUGGCCAGGAUGAGGUUUUCCUCUGGAAGCCUCCAACUAGACGAGGAGGAAGAGGAGGAGGAGGAAGAUGAUAGAGCAGCAAGGGAAAAGGCCAAAAAGGAAAUGAGGAGUGAGGAGGAGAAUAAAGUAAGAAGUGAUAGAGAAGAGACGAAAGGUCUUCUGAAGAUGACAGAGGUCACAUUGUAG